CCCGCACCCGCAGCUCACUUCCAAGUUCCAACCCGUCGCCUAUUAAAUGGGACCCAACCCGAUGCGACACUUCGCGAAGCGAGAACGAGACGAGGGAGAAGAAACGGAAGAUCAGGGAGGAGCGGAAGCGGCGGCGAGGAGGAGAGAAAGGGAUUCGAGUGAGAGAGAGAGAUGGCUCCGAUGAAGCUGUACGGCGCGACGCUGUCGUGGAACGUGACGAGGUGCGUGGUGGCGCUGGAGGAGGCCGGCGCCGAGUACGAGAUCGUGCCCAUCAACUUCGGCACCGGCGAGCACAAGAGCCCCGAGCACCUCGCCCGUAACCCGUUUGGUCAGGUUCCUGCUUUGCAAGAUGGUGACUUGUACCUCUGGGAAUCACGUGCAAUUUGCAAGUAUGUAAGCCGCAAAAACAAACCAGAAUUGUUGAAGCAGGGCGACCUCAAAGAGUUAACAAUGGUGGAUGUGUGGAUGGAAGUGGAGGCCAAUCAGUACACUUCUGCAAUGGAUCCCAUUCUCUUUGAGUGCCUUAUCCGUCCGAUGCUUGGGGGAACCACUGACCAGAAAGCUGUCGAGGGGAACCUCGAGAAGCUGAAGAAGGUGCUCGAGGUGUACGAGGCGCGUCUAACCAAGUGCAAGUACCUGGCUGGAGACUUCAUCAGUCUAGCUGAUCUUAACCAUGUAUCUGUCACCCUUUGCUUGUUUGCGACGCCCCAUGCAUCUGUGUUGGACGCGUAUCCGCAUGUGAAGGCAUGGUGGGCUGGCCUGAUGGCGAGGCCAUCUGUUCAGAAGGUCGCGGCACUGAUGAAGCCAUCUGCUUGAAGUGGUUGUCCUAGCGCAGGUGGUCUAUGGAAUAAGCCGAGCUGUGUGACUGUGUCUGGAUGUUUGCUUGUUGUUCAGGUUUUGUGUUGAUGUGUCUUGGAUGUUGAAUAUUCAGGCUUGUGUGCUGCGAUGCUUGUUAUCCAAUCCAGGACUGUGCUGAAGUGAGCAUUCCUGUGCUCCUGUCCCGAGAACCUUUCAAUAAUAAAUUCUACCUUAGGUACCUGGACCUUGGUAAUUUCUCA